CGGCCCUUUAUACCCGCACCACCGCCACUAGCGCAUGGUUCCGACACCUGCGCAUCUUCAAAUUGUCGGCACACGACCUCAAAUUAUAAAAAAACUAACACUUUUUUCAGGGCUUUUCCCCUUCGUCUCCAGCCUCCCCACCACUCGAGUCCAAGGCCUACUUUCGUUUUCGCCGCCAUGUCCUCGACAACAGAUCAAGCGAAAAACAUUCCUGCUCCUCCUCCUAGGGCACCAUUGGAGGAGUACGAACGGUCAGACGGGAAAUAUCCAUUCUUGCUCACCAUGACCGAGGUCAAACUGCUUGGUAUCGCUGGCGUUGGCUUUUUACUCGAUGCCUACGAUCUUUUCAUCAUCAAUCCCGUAGCGACUAUGCUCCAGUACCGUUUAUACGGUGGCCAUUCUUUACCUCCUGGCCUUGAAGGAUUUUUGAAGGCCAGUGCCAACAUCGGAAGUGUAAUCGGACAGUUUUUGUUCGGUUACCUCGCGGAUGCUCUCGGUCGAAAAGCUGUAUAUGGGAAAGAACUCAUGCUCAUCAUCAUCGCUACCAUCCUCUGUAUCACCACUCCCACCGGUCAACUAUCGCCGAAUAGUUCUCUCGUCUACCUAGGCGUAUUCCGCAUUCUCCUCGGUGUAGGCGUGGGCGGGGACUACCCCAUGUCUGCUACGAUUACAUCCGAUCGUGCUAACCUCCGAAAACGCGGGACCCUUCUCUCCUACAUCUUCUCCAACCAAGGAUGGGGUUCCUUCUUCGGUUCGCUUAUCACGAUCAUUGUUUUGAUGGCGUAUAAGCAUGUGAUGCAUGAUGAAGGGAAGACGAGUAAGGUCGAUGGUGUGUGGAGAAUUAUUGUUGGGGUAUCGUUAGUUCCAGCGUUUGCGACUCUGUAUCAGAGGUUGACGCUACCUGAGAGUACGAGGUUUAAGGCCUCGAAGAAUCUGGAUUCGGAGAAGGAAUUGGAGGAGUUAAAGAAGGUCAACCAGGCGACUACGGAGAUGAAGGUGUCUGGUGGUGGUAGUGAGCGUGCGAGUGGGUCGUCGGAGAUCAAGGAAAGUGAGAGUAGGUCUAGUGGAGAGUCGCCUGAGGUUGUAAUUAAGAAGGAGAAGGCACAAAUCAGGGAAUUCAUCCACUACUUCUCGGAAUGGCGACACGCGAAAUUGCUCAUAGGAACUUCUUUCUGCUGGUUCCUACUCGACAUUGCGUUCUACGGUAUCAACCUCAACCAGAACGUCGUGCUGCAACAGAUUGGAUACGACGGAAAGACAGGCUCUCCUUGGCAAAAACUCAUCAAUGUCUCUACUGGGGGUAUCAUCGUCACUGCUCUUGGUUUUGUUCCAGGCUACUAUGCGUCCAUCUUGACGAUCGAAAUCCUAGGCCGAAAGUGGAUACAAAUUCAAGGAUUCCUUAUGGCUGCACUUUUCUUGGCCAUCUUAGCAGCGAAAUUCCACACACUAAGCCAUGUGUCGUUCAUUGUUUGCUUCGCUUUCCUUCAGUUCUUUUUCAAUUUUGGCGCGAAUACUACAACUUAUUGUUACCCAGCUGAAGUCUUCCCAACCCGUUUCCGAGCUUUCGCCCACGGUCUAUCCGCAGCAUCGGGGAAAGCGGGAGCUAUCAUUUCGGCAUUGGUGUUUAACCAGUUGAGUAAGGCUAUCGGAACGCCUGCGGUGUUAUGGAUUUUCUUUGCGUGUUGUAUUUUGGGUGCUGGGUUCACAUUGUUGUUACCGGAAGUUAAAGGACGUGAUCCUGAUCUGGUUUAUGCUGAGGAGAUAAGGGAGGCGAGGGAGGCACGGAGGAGGGGUUGAGGCUGGGUUUUUUGUUUGACUCCGAGUGGGAAGAGUUUGAGUCGAAGUUCUCGUUUGUUGAAGAACUCGAAUGAAUUGGGACUUAUCGAUUGUCCAAAGAUGUAAACGUUACCACUACAAGUGUACAGUAUGUACAAUAUGCUACAAAAGAUGUUGUGUCCUUUCAUCGGA